CUAGUCAUCACCAGUUUCCCCACCACGUUCUCGCAAGCCCAUUGCGCAGUGCUUUGGCUUUCGUUGCGCACACAUAUUGGGUAGACGCGCUGGGUGUACAGUAAACAGACUGCGAGUGGGAAACAGGUGAUGACAGGAAAAUUAUGCCUAUACCUCUCUAGAUUGAAUCUGGUACUAGCAGACAUAUAACAUGUAAUCAUGAAUGCUGGGACAGUGCGCUAAACUUAACUGAAAAUAAACGCAAAGUCCGUGGAAUGCCCUUAUUUUUGGAAACCAGGCAGUAUAGUCCAUUCUGGGAAUGGAUGUUUCUCAGGAUGAAGUUUUCGGGCCACAAAUUAAUACCUCCAACUUGUCAACGACGCAAGACGUGCAAGACGACCACUUUCUUCUGGAAGACAGUACCAAACUCAUCGGAGUUCAAGUAGUUUUAAUAUUUGCCUACAGCACCAUAAUUCUCUUUGGGGUAAUAGGUAACUCUCUUGUAAUCCAUGUCGUGUAUACAUUUAAAAACUUGCAUACAGUGACAAACUUUUUCAUAGUGAACUUGGCUGUGGCAGACCUGCUGGUGAACACCUUGUGCCUGCCCUUCACACUCAUGUACACGCUUCACGGCGAGUGGAAGUUUGGGUGGGCACUGUGCUUCAUACUGCCGUAUGCCCAAGGCCUUGCUGUGCACGUCUCUACCAUAACACUGAAUGUUAUUGCGAUGGACCGCUAUCGUAGCAUUGUCCAUCACCUGGAGACUAAAAUGUCACGGGACAUGUGCGCGGUGGUCAUAGUUUUGACCUGGGCUGCCAGUGCAGUCCUGGCCAGUCCACUCGCAAUCUUUCGCGAGUAUGUGUCCUUUGAUGUGACACCAGAGCAGUCUAUCCAAGUGUGCACGGAGAAGUGGCCAGGUAGCGGCGUUGAUGGGACAGUGUACAGUGUUGCCACCUUUUUACUUCAGUACGGCCUUCCACUCUCCAUCAUCUCCUUCGCAUACGCUCGUAUCUGGAUCAAGUUGCGCAGGCAUGUUAGUCCAGGUGCUGGAGGCCGUAACGACCGCCAUAGACGACGCAAGAAAACUACAAAGAUGUUGGUGGCCGUGGUGGUGGUAUUUGCUGUCAGUUGGCUGCCUCUUCAUUCUUUUCAACUGGUCGUUGACUUCCACAACAGCAUUCUUGAUAUGAGAGACUUCAAGCUCCUCUACACAGUCUUCCACAUUACUGCCAUGUGCUCUACUUUCGCCAACCCGAUACUGUACGGCUGGAUGAACCGGAAUUACCGUAGUGCUUUCACCGCUGUGUGCAAGUGUAUCUGGAGAGCUGAUGGAGCUGGGACCAACAGGGGACAGGUCAGAAGAAUGGACAAGGAGGCCAAGGGCAAUAACUUAAUGCAUACACACGUAACAAAUGUUUAAGAUAAGGUAUGUGUACAUGAGAUUCAAAUUUGGUCUUAAAAGGCCAUGACUCCAGGUUGCAAACGGACACAAAAAUGGUGUAAUGUAUGCAUGCGUGUUUUGCCAGGUGUGAAACAGACUAGCCACGAGUCUUGGUCCCUCUGGUCUAAAUCUUUACAAUAGGCUAGUGUUAAAGGAUUUAGGCGUGUCUUUACAGCUAUUCAUAUCUACAUAUAUAGUUAGAUAUGCAUUAUAGGCAUUGUAUUCAUCUUAAAUAAUAUACCAGUCGUCAUUUUCUGGUAGACAAAUAGAGAGGAUGUGCGUAAUUACGUACCUGAUACCUUAUUUCCCUCCAUUGUUACUAUUGAGUAACACCCUGUAUAGUCAUUGUAUUCAUGCUGUGGGAUAACACACAUGUAGGUUUAAAAAAAAAAAAAAAAGUAAAUUAAGUCUUCUGUUUGAUGCAGUUUGGUGAAGGAGGCAACCUUAUUACUUGUGAAGUGUUGACCACAAUGUAACCCUCUAAAUGGAGAGGUUCAAUUCCUUUCAAUUGAUGUAUUGUCAAAAGGCUUGAUGAAAAGAUAAUCUAUAAUGGACAUUAAUUAUUCUAUUAUUGUGUAUCUGAAUAUUUUUAGGAAAUCAGUUAGACUUUGUAUAAUGUGCACGUAGCUUUCCUGCAAAUAUUUGACGUUAAAAUUGGUGAGGUGUGUGUAAGGACUGCCUUCUACAAAGAGUUAUAUUGUAAGUCGUGUAUGAUGAGUGCCACUGCAAAGGAUGUCCCCCUGCCUGUUGCAAGCCAUGUCAUUUAAGUAGUGUAUUUUCUCUUUCAAUAUGACCUGCAGCUGCAGAACUUUUACUUAUACAAGAGGCAUGUGAUGGCUUCUCUUAAAAGAUUACCCUGGCCUCUUUCUAAAGACAGUAAUUGUUCCUUAAGCAGCAAGAUGAUAUUGACCGUAGGCUACAGCUAUAAAUAUUGUCCCCAAGAGACCUGGUCUGGAUGUAAACAUUUCUCAAAGGCAUGUCAAGACUAGUAGUAUUUCCUGUACCUCACUUUGUCGUACAAGUAUUAAGAAUGAUUCUCCUUCAAAUCACAUGGGGCUGUUUGCCAACAGACUGCACCAGAGGGACGUUCUCAUGCAUUGUGACAGAAACCGCAGCAAUCUAAAAUGUAAUUGGUGCUAUUAGGAAUUAAGGACCCCAUAAUCAAUAAAUGGAAAUGGUCAGCUGGCUCUUCAAUUCAAUUAAGAAGACGGUCACCACAGAAAAAAAAACAGACCAAUGAAGUGGUGACAAUACCUGAUUCAAUUCAUUUCGAUUCAUUCCUCUUUUAUCCCCAUUUCUUAUGUUUCUGAAAUCCUGAGAAGACAUUACACAUGACAGACACAGAGCAGCAUUGAUUUCUUGUCUGCUGGA